AUGUCCUACCCUCAGGGCUACUUGUACCAGCCGUCUGCCUCCCUGGCACUCUAUUCCUGCCCGGCUUACAGCACCAGCGUCAUCUCGGGACCUCGCACCGAUGAACUUGGCCGCUCUUCCUCGGGCUCCGCUUUUUCUCCUUAUGCUGGAUCUACCGCCUUUACCGCUCCUUCCCCGGGUUACAACUCUCACCUCCAGUACGGCACGGACCCAGCUGCCGCAGCAGCCGCCGCCUUCACUUCGUACGUGGGCUCACCCUACGACCACACCCCGGGCAUGGCGGGGUCCCUAGGAUACCAUCCCUAUGCUGCACCCUUGGGGUCCUAUCCCUAUGGAGAUCCAGCCUAUCGGAAAAACGCCACUCGGGACGCCACGGCAACACUCAAGGCCUGGCUGAACGAACACCGCAAGAAUCCGUACCCCACUAAGGGCGAGAAGAUCAUGUUGGCCAUCAUUACCAAGAUGACCCUCACUCAGGUCUCCACUUGGUUCGCCAACGCACGGAGACGCCUCAAGAAGGAGAACAAGAUGACUUGGACUCCACGGAACCGGAGCGAGGACGAGGAAGAAGAAGAAAACAUCGAUUUGGAAAAGAACGAUGAGGAUGAACCACAGAAGUCGGAAGAUAAGGGAGAGGCCGAGGCCCCAGAAACAGGGGGAGAUCAGAAGGCUGCUCCAAUAUGCGAAAGGCUGCAGGGGCCCCAUACUCCCGCAAGCAAGGAGGCCGAAGGCAACCUGAGCGACUCGGAUUUUAAAGAGUCCCACGAGGGCCGACUGGACGCUCUCCCAGGGGGUCCGAGGGCUGGCGGCCCUUCUCCCUCUGGCACGGUUGCAAGGCUGGGCGAGGAACCCUCGCCACACUAUCCCCCGGGAGUUUCAGCCCCACACCCAGAUGGAGAAUUGCCCUCCGGCCCCAGCGGGCCCUCGGUUAUUCACUCACCGCCGCAGGCAGUACUAACCAAGCCCAAAUUGUGGUCAUUAGCUGAGAUAGCCACCUCUUCGGACAAGUCCAAGGAAGGCGGCGGCGGAGGUGGUGAGGGUCCUCCUCCAGGGCAAGGGCCCACAGCCGGGCAAACCUUGGCUGGCAGCCGGUCGUCUCCCUCCCCGGCGCGUUCGCCCUCCGCUCAGUGCCCAUUCCCGGGCGGUGCAGUUCUGUCCCGGCCUCUCUACUACACUGCCCCUUUCUAUCCCGGCUACACGAACUAUGGCUCCUUUGGCCACCUGCACGGCCACCCGGGGCCGGGACCGAGUCCUGCCCCGGCCCCCGGCCCGCAUUUCAAUGGAUUAAACCAGACCGUGUUGAACCGAGCGGACGCUUUGGCUAAAGAAACGAAAAUGCUCAGAAGCCAAUCACAGCUAGACCUGUGCAAAGACUCUCCCUUUGAACUGAAGAAAGGUAUGUCCGACUUUUAACACGGGCUGCUUCGGCCCCGGACUUUUCUAAUUUAUUAAAACAUGGCCUUGGCAGUUAUUUUUCCACCACCAAGAGAGAAAAAUAAAAUAAACCCUCCUAUCCAAAAGUUUAUAGUUUAUGGAGAUGAGUGGCAUAAAAAUGUAAACAUCUCCGCCAAAAAUGUCUUAACCAACUGAAAAGAAAAAUUUAAAAGAAGGAUUUGUAUUAAAUCUUAUUCUGUAUAUUUAAUGUAGCAUUUUGUAUUUAAAUUGAUAAUACAAUAUCUUUGAAGUAAAUUAUGAAAUCAAGACACCUGUACAGGCAUUUAAUGUUGUUUUGUAAUAUAAAUAUAUACAUUUGUGUUUUCCCAAGCUGUUUCAUAGUUUAAAAAUACAAGUUUAAUUUAAUUUUUUACACCUAUUGAUUUUUCUGGGUAUGAGCUAAAGUAUUAUUAAAGAAAAGAAACAGGUUAUACUUAUUAGAUUUAAAAAACUGCAGUCGCCUUUGUAAAAUGCAAAAUAUUUAAUUAAAAGAGAUUUUAACAUAAAA